AACAUGGAUUUUCAAACAACAAACACAAGGAGGAAAAUAUUAAAUCAUGUAGUCUGUAGUAUUUUAGUCGAAUGUGGUUACGAUACUUGUGAAAAACAAGCACUAGAAGUUCUCACAGAAAUGCUACUGUCUUUUCUUGUAGAGGUUGGAGAAUCUGCAAGGAAUUACUGUGAACUCUCUGGUAGAACAGAACCGCUUAUUGCGGAUGUUAUAGUAGCAUUGGUAAAUAUGGGUAUAAAAUUAGAUAAUUUGGAAAGUUAUGGCAAGAGAGCCAAUAGAACAGUUUUGCCACCGCUUCAGCAACAAACUCAAUCGAAGCAAUUAAAUAUUUUGCAAGCUGGAGUGAAACAGAGUCAUCCGUCUCACAUACCGAGUUAUUUACCAGCUUUCCCUGAUCCGCAUGCAUACAUUCGAACACCGACACAUAAACAACCAGUAACAGAAUACGAAGCAAUAAGAGAGAAAGCAGCAACACAAAAACGUGAUAUUGAAAGAGCUUUAACAAGAUUUAUUGCAAAAACUGGGGAAACACACAGUCUGUUUUUAACGGAAGAUAACAGUAUGUUCCCAUUAAUAUCAUGUAAACCACAAUUUCCUAGUUAUCUUUCUGCACUCCUUCCGCAGGAUCAAAUUUUUGAAACUGAUCAAGAUUUUCAAUUUGAACCAAGCCCAAUUAAAAAGAAAAAGGAGCAAGAAAGAGAAGAGUUGGAAGAAGGUAUGAAAGGACAAAAUGAAGAUAUUGAACAAAAUGGAGAAAUUACAACACAACAAGAUGCUAUAGAUAAUCCUUACUUAAGACCCGGAAAAAUACCAAAAAAUAAAAUGCCAGGUGCCUCAGUUCCUGGUUUACAUUCGAUAAAGAGGGAUUCUCUUGAAUAAUGUCUUCAACAACAAUGGUAUUAUUUUAAUAAAUUUAUUAUUUCUUAGGUUAAUAUUGUGUACAUAAUAAUAUAUUAUAAAGUAUAUU